AUGACUGAAAAGCCUGACGGUGUGGUGAACAAAGCCGGGAGGUGUAUGUUACAUAACUGGACAGAAGAGGUGAGUGAAGUUAGCUUGGUGCUAACCGCUAAUGUUUGCUAACAGCACAACACAACUCCCUUGUCUGAAUGGUAAACGUAGUCACCAAAACAUGCAAGAUUUGAGAUUGAGAAAGUUCGUAUUGUUGCAUAAAUCAUUUAGAAUAAGUAGCCCAUAACAAGUAAACACCCUCCCUUUCCAUUAGUUAGUUUUAACUGAAGAUUACUGAGUUGAAAUACUAUUACCCUCAUUCUCAGACCAUCUUAGGUUUCUUAUGUUAGCAGAUGUCUAAAGCUGUGUUGGACACGUUUUUAUAUAAUAAUAAAAUAAAUGGAACAACUAAAAAUACCAGGAAAAAUGUCAAUGGGCUUAGACAGUGGGAAAACAUUUUUAAAAAAAUGUUUGAUAACCACCUUAGUGGAUAUUAGGCUUUACAUUUGUGUAGCAUACACUUAAUACCAAUGCUGCUAGUCCCCCCUUUGCUUAGUUUACCUCCCUGUCAUGCUUUUUGCAUGUACAAAUACAAAGAAAAGGCAAGUAAGUAGCGAAUAUUGAGAAUAUCCAUGGAAAUCUCGAGUUGAAAGAACAAUAUUUGUUUUGUGAUGUAGUGGAGUUAAAGUGAUCAAAAAUAAUACUUGAAUAUUCAGGAAAUUUACUCAAGUACAGUUCCUGAGUAAAUUCACUUUGUUACUGUCCCCCAAUGGCAAGGACCACCUCAGAAACCAACUUUCUUUCCUCUUCUGUACUAAAACUUGUCCAAAAUUUAUACCUUAAAUGAAUUCAUCACUAUCACACCAACAUAGUUAACCCCCCAAAAAAUGCAACUAUUUGAAAAGCUCAACUGUGUCUGGGUUGAGUUGUGAAAAGGCAGCAUGGUGUUGUUCUUACCUUUCCAUUUAUAAUGAUGUGACAUAUGUAAAGCAUCUCUGGACAGUAUUUUGUGUUUGGUUGUCAUGGGUGUGUAAUUCUGUUUUUGUGGAUUGUCUGUUUUCAUUGUUUUGCACAAAUUAAUAACACUGUGGAGGCAGCUGACAGCAUGCAGUUCCAGAGUCCAAGACACAUUUCCCAGUGGGUUCCAUUAAGUCUAUUGUAUUUUUUUAUGUGGAACCACUUUGCCAGUUUAAGGCCAAGACAAGGAACAGAUCCAGAGAAAUGUUGAUGUACAUUCAAAGUCAAAAACUAGAAAAAAAAACAAUUAUAUGUGAGAAAAAUAGGUCAAAGCAAGAGACAGUGUAAAGACUACAAUCAGACAUUGAAGGCGGUUUUGUGUUGGCGCCUCUUUGAUUGAUUUAGACAGAAAUUCAGUGUUUCUUUGUUGAUCCUGAAUGUCCCUGUAUUCAGAGAGCUGUUGCUGCACUUGAUGCAGAGGAGAGUAUCCAGAUUCAGAGACAUGGGCACAGAGGGAUCCUGACACUGGAUCAGGACACUAAAAUGGAGACAGUGACCACACACAAAGCACACUUCAUCCCUCCGAAGGGUCCAGGAGUGAGGAUGAGGGGUAUGUGUCUUUGCUUUUUAGAGUCAACAGUCAUAAUAUUUCUUUUUACACUUUUAUGACCCUUUGACACAUAAACUAGAUUAAAUUCUUGAAGAGUUAAAAAGAGUUUAUUCAGGUGAGCGUCUGGAGAAAUAUGUGGUUACAGACACCUUGACCUUUUUGCCAUCUUAUACUAGUUUGAAGUCCUUUUCAGAUGAUUUCCUUUGUAUGCUCAGUUCACCUUUUAUUUUAUCUCUGUGGUACAGGCAUCCGCAGCGAGCUUUUGGAAAAACAUAUCGCCCUGGUGAUAAGGUAAAUCAGCUAUGAAACCUUUUUUUUUUUAGCCGGAUAAAAUAUUGCUGGAAGGGGUUUGUUUAUGGAAACGGUAACACUGCCUGACCAUACCAAGAGGGAAACAUGCUGGAGGAAACUGAUGUAAUAUUUACACGUCUGGGUUUGUUUUACUGUUCAAUCCCAGCUGUAAUACCUUUUAAAUCAGAUUUUAUGAUGUUAUUUUACAUGGAGGCCAGUCAUCCUAAUGGGGUUUAUGGAGUCUAUCCCUACAGAUGUGGUUAUUAACGGCCCUGCACGAGUUAACUGCUCAUAAAAAAUACAAGGCAUCAUGUCUUCGAUGAAAACGGCUGGUGCAGCAGUAGACGCUGUCUCAUCACUCAGUCAAGAGCCAUGCGCUGAAUUUCCUGGACUUUAUAAGCACACACCAACGCUUUUGAGUCAAGCCAGUUGGGUUCAGCUAAAACUGGAGAGACUAUUUUUUUUUAAAUAUAUUUGUAUGUUCAACCCAUGAAAGCAGUGAGCAGGUAAGGAUUUCAUAUUAAAUCACAGCUCGAAAUCAAAUGUUCUAGGAUUAUGCUUGUCUUACAUCAUCGGUCCGUACAUAUCAUGGUCUCGCCCACACAGUUGUUUGCACUGAUUAGACCCACAUCUCAGGACUGUGUGGGCAUGAACAGACGGUGCUUGACUAGUGUCUAUCUCCUGGAAGUGUUCCUACACCUGCUCAGGCGAACAACUCACACCUUUUGCAGCCAUAAAUAUUGAUAUUCAGCCUCACUGUAUGCAUAUAUUUUCCCCUUGCUGUUAUGCUGCAUCCAGGAUGUUGUAAAAUAAAGCAGUAUUGUUUUUUAGUUUUAGUUUUUUUUUUUCUUUUUUUUUGAUAAAUCCUCCAAGUGUUACACUGAAAAUAUACCCAGCCUCUCAAGUAAGGCAGUAAUAUGUACUUCUGGGCUUGAAAAUGUAACGACUGUUCAAAUAUAAUUGAACAGAAUUUGAUGGUAAGCCAAGGGAGACAAUGUUCAGGAGUUACAUGAGUGAGAGGUUGUCCUUCCCUCACUUGAAAUAUGUGCGAUAAAGCUGUAUGGUAGACUUUAUGAUCGAUAAAGUGAUGUCUUCUUGUCUUGACAGCGAGGAGUUCCAUGCUGAACAAAUCCCACCUGAAACUAAGACUGAUUUCUGCUCCACCACCAAGAGGGAUUUCUGUGUGGAGGGGUUUGUGCCUCUUACACCUGAGUCGACACAAGUAAGAGCAAUGUGUAUGCAAGUUCAUGAGCAGGUAUUGCCAAAUCUCCUGAUAGCAAUACCUGCUACAGCCAGGAUGGCUACAAAACAUACCAUACCAGACAUCAAAUUCAAAAGAAAAAAGAUGUCCUUUUAUAACAGAUCCAGUUUUCUCUCGCUAAGAUGCAGCUAAUUGUUUGUAAAUCUCAUCAAGAUUAAAACCACCUGGUACCUAGUAUAUUCAUCAGGGAGGCAAAUUGAAAGAAUAAAUACAAGGUAUUAUAUAUAUAUAAGUAUUGCAAAGGGAGAGCAUACAGAGGUGUAAAAAUCCUUUCACACACUGAACAUUAACAUGCAGGGUAGCCUCAAAAUAUUCUUUGCAGACAUGUAGUCAUACAGAGCAAGGAGCUGCUGCAAUUGCUUAUCAAUGGCAAUUACUCAAUGAUAUUUAAUGAUUGAAUUUUGUUUGUAAAUAUUGAAAUUAAAAGGUUAAGGCAAGGGCUGCUCUAAAAGAGCAUAUUUAUCCUAAGAGCAAGGUCUAAAUGUGUCCUGAUUAGUAAGAGUAUAGUGUCUUAGCAUCAACAAACAACAAAGAGGACAUUUUGUUAUUUAUUCUUAUUUAUUUUGUUAUAUAUUCUCAGUGUUUUUGGAGAGCACAAAAUAUAAAAAUCUAGUGAUGGAUGUUGAAACACAAGGAUUGAGGGAAAAAAAUCAAACAAAUUAAAGAAAACCGACUCUUAGCAUGCUAAGACUGAAAUAAAGUUUAGGAGAGGCAUGUCUGCAUCUGACAACAGAGAAACGUAAAUCGAAGAGGAGUUUACGGUGAUUAAAAAAAGUCACACAGACUAAUAUUAAGACUGUAAAGUAGUAUAUAUAUUUUUUACAUUUGAUUGUCUUCAUUUAAAGUUCCACCCUGAAAUAAUUUCCUGCUGUAUUGAUAGAUGUUUCAAUUUAAUAGCCAUAUUUUAAGUGAUAAAAGCCUUCUGACAAAUAACAUUUUGAAUAAAGUAGACAACCACUGUAGACAGUGAUGUGAGAUAUAGCUGUAAGUGUGAGUAGGUCUUAAUCACAACCCGUCCAAAGACAGUAUCGUCCAGGCAUUGAUUGAACUUCUUCACAAGACAUAAAAUGAUGUUCCUAAUGAUUGUCUGAGCUGCACUGAUGGACAGUAAAAGCUUUCAGCUCUGGAGGAAAAUGAGCUGUCCGCAUUACUAGGCUGGGAGUGACAUGAACUGUAAUCUUCAAUAGUCUGCCCUUAUGGACGAGAACAAGACUGAUCACUAAAACCCGGAUUUUUGAACUGUGUACUUGGUGUUUUAGCGAAAUGGCUGUCAGAUAAAUUUGAGUUAAAUCAAAUUCUUUUAUCUCUUUGUGAAAGAAAGACAGCAAUAAAACUGUGUGAAUGUGAGCUGCUUAAUUGCUCUCAAUGCAGCAGCUGCACAGAUUGAGCUGCAUUCUGUAAAGACGCCGCUGCAAAUGUUCUCUGUGACUCUGAGUGAUCACCUCUCUCAGAUAUUUCUCUACAGCCUCAAAUUUCUCUGUUUCCAUUCCAUUGUAACCAUGAGGUUUUAUCAAUGGAAGAAAACAUAAGAACAAACAAAAGGUUGACAGACAAUACCAAGAAAUAUACAGAAGCUAGUAAAAGGCAUAAAAGCAGAAUAAUAGCUUUAACAACAGUUUGCACUCUUGGUUAAGCGAGAAACAAAACAUAUGAUGUCCUUGGAGAGGGAAUGCCACACAUUCACUGUAAAGGACUUCACAUCAUUGUUGGACUACUUUCUAGUAAACAUAAGGACAAAAGUAAACAUUUCCUUCUGUGUCACCCUCAGACAGUAAAUUAGUACUACUGUAUACAGUUAUCUAACACUUUCCACUCAAAGCUUGACUUUCGGAUAACUGUAGGGAACUAGUCAUGUACAAGACUCCAUUUACUGUUAACUUCACCCAAUGAUUUAUUGUUCAAUGAAAAGCACCACACAAUUUCUGGUCCAACUUGAAGAGAAAGACUUACUUUACCUCUUUAUUGCAGAUCAGUUUCACUUCAGUCAGUUAGUUAUUAUUAUCAUUAUUGUUAGGAGUGAGAAUAGUUGUAAAAUUUAUUGUUAGGAUAGUAUUUCUUAGGGUACAUGGUAGUAGUGGAAGUGUUGUUUCAUCAUGAGGUGUUAACUCUCUGUGAUGCUCAUCUAACAUUGAUUUCCUGUUGUCGUCUUUCCAGGGUCAUGAUUCUAAAACUGAGGAGGCCAUCACAUUUUGGAGUGAAAAUCGACAGAGGAUACAGGCGAGUCCGACUGUUCAUCGUACAUUGUCUAUCGUAUUAGUUGGAGCAGAUUUUACAAGCAAAUUCAAAGCUUUCAUUAUUUUUUAAACAUUAUGAGUAAUGAUUGUGUUACUGGCAAAAAAUCAAUUUCCCCUUCCCUGUAUUUCCUUGCCGAGGAUGGUUUGUUCUAGAGUAAGUGUUAACUGUCUUCUGCUGUCACAAAUGGUACCACAUAAUCUAAAAGGAGACUGCGGCAACAGUAACUCUGAGUAAUAAUACACGUGUGCCUCAGUAAGAGGAGAACGGUUAUAAAGUAUAUCACCUCUGCUUUGUGCAAAGUGCUGUUUGCUUAUUAUCUGUCCAGUUAUUUAAACUCCAUGAGUGUUGGGCUCUUAAAUCCUGUAAAGAACAGUAAGAUUCUGAAAAACAUGAUUAUGGUUUGAUCAGACUGUGUCAAACGCACACUGUAGAUACAGUCUCUGAUUUGGUGUCUCAGGGUCACAACAUAAACUGAAUAAUCCUAGUUUAAAAGAUCUGAUAACAGAUAUUUACAGUAAAAAUGAGAAUCUUGAAGUCAAAAUUCAAGAUUUGAAAUGUUUAAACCCCAUCACUAAACUUUGUAUGAAUGCCUGUCGCAAAACUAAAACUUUUAACAUCAUAUGCAGGAGACUAGCCCUAGUAGUCUCACUUUUAUCACUCUUUUGGUUUGUGAGGAGUUGUUAUAUCCCUAAAAGAUAGUGGUUGGCAUAUUAACUAUUUGGUUAACUCUAACCAGUAAAGAGGUGAAGUUAAGGUGGGCCUUUAGCCGCUUGAAGAAGGGCCUGGCUGCAGACACAGCAGAGCUCCAUAAGCACAUGUUCUGUUGGAAGUCCGACUUGUUUUUUGUUUUGCACUUCCAUGUCAGUUCCAGUUUUUCACAGCAGAGAUUUUCUCGGGUUUAAGAUUUUUUUCUUGUGUGGUUUUUGUAUCACAGGGUGUGACAGCCGUGCAGAACCUAGAAGCUCCUUUCAGGAAAUCAGCCAAGUUCAGCACACCCAUCAGUGAGCGUCUGGAUGAAAUUGAGCUCCUGUCUGAUGACUGA